GGCUCGUUUCCGGGCUAGGAGAGGAUUGACCCCGCCGAGUCCCCGUUCUUCCCUGCUGCACUCUCGCAGGUCUCGGACCGUGGGGGAAAGAUGUCGCGGGGUUCUAUAGAGAUCCCUCUCCGGGACACGGAUGAGGUCAUUGAACUUGACUUUGAUCAGUUACCGGAGGGGGAUGAAGUUAUCAGUAUCCUGAAGCAGGAACACACCCAGCUGCACAUAUGGAUCGCUCUAGGGUUGGAGUAUUACAAGCAGGUCAAGACGGAAGACUUUGUGAAGCUGCUGGAAGCGGCUCGUAUCGAUGGCAACCUAGACUACCGGGACCACGAAAAAGACCAGAUGACUUGCUUGGACACCUUGGCCGCUUAUUAUGUGCAGCAGGCGCGCAAGGAGAAGAACAAGGACAACAAGAAGGAGCUGAUCACCCAGGCCACCCUCCUCUACACUAUGGCCGAUAAGAUCAUCAUGUACGACCAGAACCACCUGUUGGGAAGAGCCUGCUUCUGCCUGCUGGAGGGAGACAAGAUGGACCAGGCCGAUGCCCAGUUUCAUUUCGUGUUGAACCAGUCCCCUAACAAUAUCCCAGCUCUGCUCGGCAAAGCCUGCAUUUCAUUCAACAAGAAGGAUUACAGGGGAGCCCUCGCCUACUAUAAGAAAGCCCUUAGGACCAACCCGGGUUGCCCUGCGGGCGUCCGGCUUGGCAUGGGCCAUUGCUUUGUGAAGCUCAACAAACUGGAUAAAGCUCGCCUGGCGUUCGGACGGGCGCUGGAUCUGAACCCAACGUGUGUCGGCGCAUUGGUCGGGUUGGCCGUGCUGGAACUCAACAACAAAGAGGCCGAUUCCAUCAAAAACGGAGUCCAGUUGCUCUCCAAGGCUUACACCAUCGAUCCCAGCAACCCUAUGGUCCUCAACCAUUUGGCCAACCACUUUUUCUUCAAGAAGGAUUACAGCAAAGUGCAGCACUUGGCUCUUCACGCGUUUCACAAUACAGAGGUAGAAGCCAUGCAGGCAGAGAGCUGCUACCAGCUGGCCCGGUCGUUUCAUGUGCAGGAGGAUUACGACCAGGCCUUCCAGUAUUAUUACCAGGCCACGCAGUUCGCAGCGGCCUCCUUCGUGCUGCCUUUCUUCGGUUUGGGGCAAAUGUACAUUUACAGAGGGGACAAGGAGAACGCCUCCCAGUGCUUCGAGAAGGUGCUCAAGGCCUACCCCAACAACUACGAGACCAUGAAAAUCCUUGGUUCGCUCUACGCGGCCUCUGACGACCAAGAGAAGCGGGACAUUGCCAAGAGCCACCUGAAGAAGGUUACAGAGCAGUACCCUGAUGAUGUAGAAGCCUGGAUUGAAUUGGCUCAGAUCUUGGAACAGACGGACAUUCAGAACGCCCUGUCGGCCUAUGGAACCGCCACGCGGAUCUUGCAGGAGAAAGUCCAAGCAGACGUUCCGCCGGAGAUCCUUAAUAACGUGGGUGCCCUACACUUCCGACUGGGAAACCUGGGAGAGGCAAAGAAAUACUUUCUGGCUUCGCUGGACCGGGCUAAGGCCGAAGCCGAACACGACGAACAUUACUACAACGCCAUCUCCGUCACCACCACCUAUAACCUCGCCAGGCUGUACGAGGGUCUCUGUGAGUUUCACGAGUCGGAGAAGUUGUACAAGAACAUUCUGCGAGAGCAUCCCAACUAUGUGGAUUGUUACUUGCGCCUUGGAGCCAUGGCCAGAGACAAAGGGAAUUUCUAUGAGGCUUCUGAUUGGUUUAAAGAAGCCCUGCAGAUUAAUCAAGAUCAUCCAGAUGCCUGGUCCCUGAUUGGGAACCUUCAUUUGGCGAAGCAGGAAUGGGGCCCCGGGCAGAAGAAGUUUGAGAGAAUUCUGAAACAGCCAUCGACUCAGAACGACACCUACUCCAUGUUGGCUCUGGGCAACGUGUGGCUGCAGACGCUACACCAGCCCACGCGAGACCGCGAGAAGGAAAAACGCCAUCAGGACAGAGCGCUCGCUAUUUAUAAACAAGUGCUGAGAAACGACUCCAAGAACCUGUACGCGGCCAACGGCAUCGGGGCUGUGCUGGCACACAAAGGGUACGUCCGAGAGGCGCGGGAUGUGUUUGCCCAAGUCAGAGAAGCCACGGCCGACAUCAGUGACGUUUGGUUGAACCUGGCGCAUAUCUACGUGGAGCAGAAACAGUACAUCAGUGCCGUGCAAAUGUAUGAGAAUUGCCUGCGGAAGUUCUACAAACACCAGAACACAGAGGUGCUGCUGUACUUGGCUCGGGCUCUGUUUAAAUGUGGGAAACUGCAGGAGUGCAAACAGAUUCUGCUCAAGGCUCGGCAUGUGGCCCCUAAUGACACCGUCCUGAUGUUCAACGUUGCCCUGGUGCUACAGAGACUGGCAACUUUAGUGUUAAAGGACGAGAAGAGCAACCUGAAGGCGGUACUGAAUGCUGUGAAGGAGCUGGAGCUGGCGCACAGAUAUUUCAACUACCUGAGCAAAGUCGGGGACAAGAUGAGGUUCGAUUUGGCCCUUGCAGCGUCCGAAGCCCGGCAGUGCUCUGAUUUGCUGAGCCAGGCCCAAUACCACGUGGCGCGGGCGCGCAAGCAGGACGAGGAGGAGAAAGAGCUCCGUGCCAAGCAAGAGCAAGAGAAGGAAAUCCUACGGCAGAAGCUCAUCAAGGAACAGGAAGAGAAGCGCUUGAAGGAGAUCGAGGAGCAGAAGAAGCUGCUGGAGCAGAGAGCUCAGUACGUGGAGAAGACCAGGAACUUGCUGAACUUCACCGGAGAGAUGGAAACUCCCAAGGAGAAGAAACAGCGGGGAGGCGGGGGCGGCGGAAGGAGAUCCAAAAAGAACGGGGAGUUCGAUGAGUUUGUAAAUGACGACUCUGACGAGGAUCUGGCUCCCCGGAAGAAGAAGAGAAAGAAGGGCGGCGGCAGCAGCGGCUCCGGCGGGGAACAAGGGGAAGGCGGAGAGGAGGGAGAAGGCGGAGAGAAGAAGAAGAAGAAGAGGAGGAAGAGGCCCCAAAAAGGAGGCGACGGGUCCGACGAUGAUGAAGAUCAAGCUCCGCAGCCUAAGAAACGUCAGCCGAAAAAGAGAGAAAAGCCGGCCAAAUUUGAGCGCACCCCGCCUUCCAUGAAAGGGAAGAUCAAAUCGAAGGCCAUUAUAUCCUCCAGCGAGGAUGACUCCGAUGAAGAUAAACUCAAGAUCGCAGACGAAGGCCACGGGCGGGGCAGCAACAGCGACUCCGACGAGGGCCCCAGGACCCAGGCCAAGAAGCGCAUCAUGUCCGACAGCGACUCCGACAACGCUAACAAGUCGGGCAGCGGCGCCGGCAGCCCCCAGAAGUCUCCGCAGUCGGACGGCGAUUCCGAUAACAACGCCUGGGCCAGAAAAAGGAGGCGGCAGGAUUCCGGUUCUGACAACGAUUCGGCCCAAUCCAGGAGAAGCUCGGGGGGCUCCGACAACGAAUCCCGAGCCGCGUCGCGCAGCCCAGAGUCACAGAGGGGGUCGGACAGGGGGUCUCACAACGAGGGCUCGGCCAGAGCCUCCCCCAACGAAUCGGAACAAGAGGCCUCGAAUAACGAGAAGUCGGACCACGGCUCGGAUGAUAGCGAUUAAAUACGGCGCCGUGGGCGGGGCCGUGUGUACUUUACUAUGUAAAUACUUCCUUUUCCCUUUAUGUACGAGUAGAAUCGGAACAAACGUGAAGCUGCGACGCCGGGAAAGACUGUUACGCGGUUUUCUUUUCUAACCCGGGAGGAAUCAUGUGACCCUGCGGCACUGGUGGGCGGGGCUUCCUGCUCUACCCCUGGCAAUGUGAUUGGUUGAUGUUACCGGCCAUGAAAUAAAAUGCCGUCCCCCCCCCCCACCAGGCUGUGCAGGCUCACUUGCCCACCUCAGGCUGCAUUUAAUGGUCCCAUUCCCAAUGGGGGAGGGGCAAAGUGAUGAUGAUGAUGAUGAUAAAUGGAGCCUAACCAGCUUUUCAAUUGGUCUUCAUUUUUUCUUUUUUUUUAUAGUUUUUGAAUUAUUUGCCUUCUUCUGCCUCUUUGCAGCUUUCAAAUGGGGGUCACUGACCCCGGCAGCCAAAACCCAUUGCUCUGUGAGGCUACAAUUUCGUUACUGUCACUUUUUAUUAAUAACCUUUCUAUUCAGUCCCUCUUUCUAUUCAUAUUUCAGUCUCUCAUUCAAAUUAAAGCCUGGUUGCUAAGGUAAUUUGGACCCUAGCAACCAGAUAACUGCUGAAAUUCCAAACUGGAGAGCUCCCACAUAUGAAGCUUAAAUAAGUAAUAAAAAAAAAAAAA